GUCGGAACGUCAGCUAUUUGGCAUCAUGAGCCCCCGGAGAAGAAAGGAAAAAUAAGUGUAGUCAAGCACCCACCGCAGGAGGCUGGGACUCGUUCCAUCACCCUGGAUUUACAACCAUUUCACGGAGAUUGGAGCAUAAAGAAGAGAUUUUCACAAACAAACCCGGAUUUGGAUUUCUCCUUUGGAAAUUUUUCCAACUAAUUGACGGUCACGUGGUUCACCUGUGCGUCUCCGGAUCCAAGGAAACGACCAAAGAAUGGAUCAGAACUUCUUCGGAGGGGCCCCCCGGUUUCUCACCCGGCCCAAGGCUUUCUCGGUGUGCGUGGGGAAGGACGCCACACUCAGCUGCACUAUCGUGGGCAGCCCCACCCCGGUCGUCAGCUGGGAAAAAGACAAGCUCAAGCUCACGUCUGGGGGCCGCUUCAAGACCGUGGAGGACGGAGACGUGUACCGCCUGACCAUCUACGACCUGACGCUGGAAGACAGCGGCCAGUACAUGUGCCGAGCCAAAAACAGCGUUGGGGAGGCGUACGCCGCCGUGACCCUGAAGGUGGCCCUGCCAGCAGAGAUGUCUCAGAGGGCCCCCGUUUUCAUGGUGAAGCCUUCCUCCACGCGUGUCGGGUUGGGGGGGGACGUCGUCUUCCACUGCCGGGUCGCUGCUCACCCCGAGGCCAACUUUGAGUGGGAGAAGGACGGGCGCUACCUCGGAGAGACCAACCGCAUCAAGAUCGUGUCUGACAGCGACAGCAGCACGUUGAGGAUUCAGAGUGUUCGGAAUCUGGACGGCGGCACCUACACCUGCAGGGCCCAGAACGCCGUGGGCCGCUCCCAGGCCGCAGCCACCCUCGCCAUAGACACGCAGGACGCUCGCCACACGUCCGUGGACAAAAACACCUCCCUGCUGUCCCAUCUGCAGAAGCGCAAAGAGGAAAUGAAGAAGGACAUUUCCAUCUAUCGCUCGGAAGAGAAGAGCAGCUCCGUCUCUUCCUCCUCCACAACCAACAUGGCCGACGUGUUGACCUCCCUCAACCUGGAGCACGAGUUAAGGGCGUCCGCUCUGGCCAAGCUUCCCAAGGGCGUGUUCACCCGCACGUGCACAGUGACCGAGGGCAAGCACGCCAAGCUCAGCUGCUUCGUGACAGGCCACCCCAAACCGCACAUCAUCUGGAGGAAGGACGGGACGAACAUUGGCGAGGGCCGCAGGCACGUCAUCUACGAGGACCAAGCCGAGAACUUCAUCCUGAAGAUCCUGUACUGCAAGCAGAGCGACAACGGCCUUUACACCUGCAACGCCACGAACAUGGCUGGGCAGACGUACAGCGCUGUGUUGGUGACAGUGAAAGAGCCCAAAGUUCCGUUCAGGAGGAAGCUGCAGGAUGUGGAGGUGCAGGAAAAAGCCUCAGCUAAGCUCAUGUGUGAGGUCCCUCUGGUCGCCACUCAGGCCAACUGGUUCAUGGAGGAGACGCGGCUGGAGCAGAGCUACAAGUACCACAUGGAGGAGGACGGCACCGUGCGCCGCCUCACCAUACACAACGUGACCACCAACGACGACGGCGUCUACAUCUGCGAGAUGAAGGAGGGCAGCCGGACUGUGGCUGAGCUCACCGUCCUGGGUAACAUCACUAAAAAGCUUCCUCGAAGGACAGUAGUUCCGGUCAGCGACACGGUCAUCUUCUGCGUGGAGCUGGAACAUCCGUGCCCGGACGCGUACUGGACUCGGAACGGCGAGAAGUUGAAGCAAGAUUCCCGCAUUUCCAUCGCUUCCACGCUGAGACAGUACACCCUGACCAUCAGGGACUGUCAGGCAGAUGACUCCGGAGAGGUGGCCUUUGUGGCUGGAGACUGCAAGACCUCCACGCGCUUCUCUGUCACCGCCGCACGGAAACAUCCUCCUGAUCCUCCCAUCGAUGCUGCGGUCCAGAACAAGACCGACUCCUCCAUCACCUUUCGGUGGUCCCCCCCAGACAGCGACCGUCCUGUACCCAUCAAAGGCUACAUCAUGGAGCGAAGGAAAGUCGGCGCCUCUACCUGGCAAAGGUGCAACGCCGGAGAGCUUAUUGUUACGACCGAGAUCUCGAUCUCCAACUUCACUGAAGAAGCUAGCUACCAGUUCCGACUCUCUGCUGUCAAUGACUUUGGGCAGAGUCCUUACCUGGAGGUUCCUGGAAGCUUCUAUCUUGAGCCCACGGCAGACUUGAGGACAGGUCUGGUGAACAGCUCUGCGGUUUCCGGCGAGGAGUUCUCUCUGUCUGUGGAACUGUCCGCAGCUUGCUCGGGUUUCUGGUCUUUAAACGGACGCCUCCUGCGUAGUGGAGCCGACUACCUCAUCACCAGGUCCAAGACCACCCACACGCUGGUCAUCCGCAACGUCACCACGGAAAUGAACGGAGCCGAAGUGAAAUUUGUGGGUGGGGGCUCAGAGAGCAGCUGCAUUUUGACUGUGAAAGCCGCUCCUGUUCGGUUCACCAACAAGUCAGAUCUUCCUGCAGAAGUGACCUGCAGCGUCCAAGACGCCGCUGAGCUGACUGCUGAGGUCUCAGACUAUGAAGCCGAGGUUGUUUGGAUGAAAGAUGGUCGGGAGGUAAAAGUUGGCAAGAAGUACGAGUACGUGGUGGUCGAUCGAAAGAGGAUCCUGGUGGUUCACAAUGUGACAGAGGAAGAUGUGGGCAUUUAUGAGUGUGUUUUAGGAAGUGAAAAGUUACCCAUAAAACUCAACCUGAAAGAUGAACCUGCCAAGUUUCUAAACAAAGCACGAGGUCCUAUGGGAUUAUCAUCCUCACUCAAAGGAGAUCUGGAGUUGAGCUGUGAAGUGUCUCCUGCCAGCGCUGUCGUUGUUUGGAGAAAGGAUCAAGUAGAGAUUACGGAGGACCAAAGAACUAUAAUCUUUUCUAAAGGGACUCAAAGGAAGCUCAUCAUCAAGGGCGCCAAGAAAAAUGAUGAAGGCCACUACUCCUGUGAGACAGCAGCUGACAGAGUCACAUUCCAUGUCAAAAUCAAAGAAACUCAAGCUCAAGCUCUUUUCACCAACAAGGAGUCGGUCCAGAAGGAGGUGAGAGCGACUCUUUCCCAGAAGGUAACACUGAGCUGUGAGGUGUCUGACAGCAAGGUGGAGGUGAAAUGGCACAAAGACGGAAAGCUGCUAGGGUCCAGUCGGGCGGUGUACCCGGAGGCGAAGGGCGCUGUCCGUCAGCUGGUGAUUGAAAAGGCCGAGAAGAGUGAUGCUGGGGAGUACACGUGUGAAGCUGGAGGAGAGAAGCUGUCCUUCAAGAUCUUUGUGUCAGAUGUUCAACCGGCGUUCCUCAACAAAGACUCGGUUCAGAGGGAAGUGAAAGCCACCGUCUCCCAGAAAACCACGUUGAGUUGUGAGGUCGUUGAUGCCAAAACAGAAGUCAAAUGGUUCAAAGAUGGCAAGCAGCUGACCUCCAGCAAAAGCAUUCACACCGAGUCAAAAGGAAAACUUCGUCAGCUGGUGAUUGACAGUGUGGAGAAGAAGGAUGCUGGAGAGUACGUUUGUGAGGCUGGGUCGGAGAAGAUGGACUUUAAGAUCCAAGUAGCAGAGAUCCAGCCAGUCUUCAACAAAGAUUCAGUCCAGAAGGAGAUGAAAGCCAAUGUAUCCCAGAAGGCCACUCUCAGCUGUGAGGUGUUUGAUUCCAAGACAGAGGUGAAAUGGUACAAAGAUAACAAGCUCAUCACUUCCAGUAAAACCGUUCAUGUCGAGGCGAAGGGGAAGAUUCGCCAGUUGGUAAUCGACAGCUUGAAGAAGAAAGACGCCGGAGAGUACACCUGUGAAUCUGGGACUGAAAAACUUGUCUUUAGGCUUCAGGUGGCAGACAUGCAGGCGCAGUCGGCUUUUCUUAAAAAAGAGUCUGUCCAGAAGGAGGUGAAGGCCGCCAUCUCCAAGACCGCCACCCUGACCUGUGAGGUGGCUAAUGCCAAAACGGAGGUGAAAUGGUUCAAGGAGGGAAAACUGUUGACCUCCAGCAAGACGGUUCAUACAGAGUCUAGAGGGAAGACGCGGCAGCUGAUCAUUGACAGUGUGGAGAAGAAAGAUGCUGGAGAAUACACCUGUGAGGCUGGAACUGAGAAGAUGACCUUUAAGAUACACCUGGAUGAAGGUCAAUCCAAAUCUUCCUUCUCCAACAAAGAGUCUGUCCAGAAGGAGGUGAAGGCCGCCAUCUCCAAGACCGCCACCCUGACCUGUGAGGUGGCUGAUGCCAAAACGGAGGUGAAAUGGUUGAAGGAGGGAAAACUGUUGACCUCCAGCAAGACGGUUCAUGCAGAGUCUAGAGGGAAGACGCGGCAGCUGAUCAUUGACAGUGUGGAGAAGAAAGAUGCUGGAGAAUACACCUGUGAGGCUGGAACUGAGAAGAUGACCUUUAAGAUACACCUGGAUGAAGUUCAAUCCAAAUCUUCCUUCUCCAACAAAGAGUCUGUCCAGAAUGAGGUGAAGGCCGCCAUCUCCAAGACCGCCACCCUGACCUGUGAGGUGGCUGAUGCCAAAACGGAGGUGAAAUGGUUGAAGGAGGGAAAACUGUUGACCUCCAGCAAGACAGUUCAUACAGAGUCUAGAGGGAAGACGCGGCAGCUGAUCAUUGACAGUGUGGAGAAGAAAGAUGCUGGAGAAUACACCUGUGAGGCUGGAACUGAGAAGAUGACCUUUAAGAUACACCUGGAUGAAUCGGCGUCGGCCUUCUCCAACAAAGAUUCUGUUCAGAAGGAGGUGAAGGCGGCGCUCUCUGAGAAAGUCGCCCUGAAGUGCGAGGUGGCCGAUGUGAAGACGGAGGUCAAAUGGUACAAAGACAACAAACUGCUGAGUUCCAGUAAGACCGUUCAUGUGGAGUCUAAGGGGAAAAGUCGCAUGUUGGUGAUCGACAGCGUGGAGAAGAAAGACGCUGGAGAAUAUGCCUGUGAGGCUGGAAGUGAGAAGUUAGGAUUCAAGCUCAAGUUAGCAGAUGUUCCUGUGAAGUUCCAGAAGAAGCCAGUUAAGGAUAAAUACAUAGUGGAAGCAGGUGAAAACAUUGUUUUAUCCACCGAGCUGACCGCAGAGAGCGGCAGCGUCAGGUGGUUCAGAGACGAGGUGGAGCUCAAAGAGGGCGGCAAGUACGAAGUGAGAAAAGAUGGCCUCUCCCGGACUCUGACGGUGAAAUGUUCAGAGACCAAAGACAGCGGGACGUACUCCUGUCAGACCUCAGGCGACAAGGUGGAGUUCAAGGUUCAGGUUGAAGAUGCAGCUUUGAAGUUUGUGGUUCCUUUGAAAGCUGCUUCAGUGGAAUCCGGCGGCACGCUGAGUCUGGUGUGUGAGUUAAAUAAGGCGUCGGGGGAUGUUGUCUGGAAACACGACGGCAAGGAGAUCAAACCCGGAGGCAGGAACUGCAUCGGAACAGAAGGCGCUAAGAGAGCUCUCACUGUGACCGGCAUGACGAAAGAAGACGAAGGAGAAUACAGCUGUGAAUGUAGGAGUGACAAGACUUCUGCUAAAGUGACCUCUAAAGCACCAAGACUCGUGAGGCUGACCACCAAGCUGAACAAUGUUGUGGCUACGGAGGGAAAAGACGCAAUUUUUAAGUGCGCCGUAACGCCAGCGGAUGCAAAUGUCAGGUGGUUCCACAAAAAUAUUCCCAUCACUGUUGGUCCAAAGUACAAGACUGAACACGGCGCCGGGAGUCACUCGCUCACCAUCACCUCCGUCACCCAGAAAGACGCCGGCGAGAUAAGCGUCGACGCCGAGGGCAAAACUUGCAAAGCGACUCUGCAAGUUCAGCACGAGCCUGUGACCUUCAAGAAGAAGCUGGAAAACCUGACGGUGGAGGAGCAGAGUGAGGUGAAGCUGGAGGUGGAGCUCAGUAAGGCGUCGGACGAGGUCAGGUGGAUGAAGAACAGUGUGGUGCUGCAGCCGGCAGGAAACAUCCAGAUCCGGCUGGACGGAGCCAAGCAGGCUCUGAUCUUCAAGAAGGUCUCUUAUGACGACCGAGGAAUCUACUCCUGUGAAACUCUGGAUGACAAAACUCAGGCCAAACUUACCGUGGAAAUGAAGAAGAUCCAUGUCGUUAAGGGUCUCGCAGAAACUAAAGCGCAUGAAACAGAGAGUGCAACGUUCGAGGUGGAACUCAGUCAAGAGGAUGUUGAAGGUUCGUGGACCAGAGAUGGGACCAAGUUGAAGACAGGAGCAAACUGCAGGAUCUCAGUCCAGGGAAAGAAGCAGUCCCUGACGCUGUCUAACCUGAAGAAAGAAGACGCUGGAACUGUUUCCUUCAAGGCAGAAGGAGUCCAUACGUCAGCCAAACUGGUUGUCACAGAACUUCCCGCGAUGAUCUGCAAACCGUUAACGGACGUAAAAGUUCCAGAGAAGGAAACAGCUGCUUUUGAGUGUGAGGUUUCUCGAGCCAACGCAGAGGUUAGAUGGUUCAAGGACGAUGUGGAACUGAAACCAGGGAGGAACUUUAGCCUUCAUUCCUCAGGACAAAAACGCACUUUGACCAUCAGCAAAUGCACACCUGAGGAUGCGGGCACCUACGUCUGCCGCACGGCUGACGACAACACCUCCGCUAAGCUCAGCAUUCACGCCAGGGACAUUAAGAUUGUGAAGAAGCUGGAAGACUUGGAAGUAACGGAGAAGGAGAGCGCGACUUUUGUUUGUGAGGUUUCACAUGAGGAUGUGGAAGGUCACUGGUACAAAGGAAGCACGAAACUGAAAGUCAGUGACAACAUCAAGAUGAGACAGGAGGGUAAAACCUUCGUGUUGUUGUUUAAGUGUGUCUCCCCUGAAGAUACGGGUGAGAUUAAAUUUACAGCUGAAAAGGCAUCUUCAGCUGCAAAACUCAGAGUUAAAGAGCUGCCCGUCAAGUUUGUGAAGAAGCUCAGAGAUAAGAUAGCCAUGUACAAACACCGGGUCCACCUCGAGUGCCACGUGUCCCGCGCCAGCGCAGGCGUCAAGUGGUUCAAAAGCAAGACGGAAAUUAAAGCCAGCAAAAAAUACGAGAUUAAAAGUGAAGACGUGUACCGAACGCUCACCAUCAACGACGUGGACUCUGGCGAUGAAGAGACUUACACCUGCGACGCCACCGAUGACAGGACGUCCUGUAAACUGCUGGUAGAAGAGCAGUCCAUCAGCAUCGUGCGGGAGCUCAGCCCCGUGGAGGUGACCGAGCCCUUCGCUGCUGUUUUUGAGGUGGAGAUCAGCAUGGAGCUGGUCAAACCUCCUGCUUGGACUCUGAACGGGGUUGCCAUUCAGGAGGGUCCUGAUGUUGAGAUGGAGAAGGAAGGCACCAUGCACCGUCUGACGUUCAAAAAGACCAAAGCCGCCAUGACGGGGCUUGUGCAGUUCACCGCUGGGAAAAGUAAAUCCUCAGCUCAGCUCACAGUUAAAGAGCGUCCGCUUGAGAUCGCUGAGCCAAUCUCUAACGUGAACGCAAAGGAGAAAGGUUCAGCCACGCUCACCUGCAAGUUCUCAGCCACACCGAAAGAGGUCAAAUGGUUCAAAGGUCAGGAGCUGCUGACAGCGUCAGACAAGUACAGCAUGAAGCAAAAAGCUGCGAUGGCGCAACUCGCCAUCCAACGACUGACGGAGGAGGACAGCGGCGAGUAUCGCUGCCAGUCCGGACCGGCUGAGACCAAAGGCGCUCUGACCGUAGAAGCGCGAGACAUUAAGAUCACCAAACACCUGGCCGACAUCGAGGUGGAUGAAGACGGCGAUGCGGCCUUCACGUGCGAGAUCAAUUAUGCAGACGAAGAGGCGCAGUGGCUCCUGAACGAUAAGGUGCUCUGCACAAACGAGGUCAACACCAUCACACAUGAAGGAAAGCUCCACAAACUCACGCUGAAGAACCUGGCGCCAAACGAUGGAGGGACCAUCACCUUUCAAGUGCGGAAGGUGAAAGAAACCGGUCCAUAAAUUCGUCAAAGCACUGGAGGACAGCCAAGCAGAAGAGAAGAGCUCCGUGACUUUAAAAUGUGAGACGGCACAGACCCCAUCCACGGUAAUCUGGCUCAAAGGCCACACCGAGCUCAAGGCCGGAGGUCGAUAUGUGAUGUCCCAGAAGGAGGGAGUGAUCACCCUCACCAUCAAAGACCUGGAGGAGACGGAUACGGACAUCUACACGUGUGAUGUGGGAACCGCCAAGAGCAUGGCCAAAGUGACGGUUAAAGUCCUUCCAGCCACUUUUACUGAGAAGCUGAAGGAUCAGAGCAAAACUGAAGGAGAAGUCGUGUCUUUGAGCUGUGGACUAUCCAAACCGGCCGCCACUGUCCAGUGGAGAAAAGGCUCUGAACUUCUAAAACCAGGAGAAAAAUAUGAGAUGACGCAAAAGGGAACUUCCUGUCUACUUCAAAUUAAAAGUUUGGUGGUUGAAGAUAGUGGAGAAUACUCUUGCGUGGUUGGGGACCAGACAACAUCUGCUACCUUAAAAGUCACUGCGUUGCCUCCAAACUUCGUGCAGAAGCUGAAAAGUGAAGAAGCUGAAGAGGGAGCAGCUGUUACUUUCACUAGUGAGCUCUCGAAAGCCGGAGUCUCAGUGGAGUGGAGGAAAGGAGCAGCGGUCCUGAAGUCUGGAGAGAAAUACCAGAUGAGGCAGAAGGCCGCUGUUCAUGAACUCAUAAUCAACAACGUUGUCCCAGAAGACAGUGGAGAAUACAGCUGUGUGUCCGGAACCCAGAAGACAACAGCAAACCUAAAAAUCAAGGUCAAGCCAGUGACGUUCAAACAAACUUUAAAGAGUCAGGAGGCUGAGGAGGGAGCCAGCAUGACUCUGAGCUGUGAGCUCUCCAAACCUGGACUUCCUGUGGAGUGGAAGAAAGGAACUCAGGUCCUGAAGUCUGGAGAGAAGUACCAGAUGAAGCAGAAGGCCUCUGUUUACGAACUGGUGAUCACAGAGGUGAUACCAGAGGACAGUGGAGAGUACAGCUGUGAGUGUGGAGACCAGAAGACCACAGCCAGCAUCAACAUAAAGGCCCAGUGCGUGACCUUCACACAGAAGCUGAAGAGUCAGGAGGCUGAGGAGGGAGCCAGCAUGACUCUGAGCUGUGAGCUCUCCAAACCUGGACUUCCUGUGGAGUGGAAGAAAGGAACGCAGGUCCUGAAGUCUGGAGGGAAGUUCCAGAUGAAGCAGAAGGCCUCUGUUUACGAACUGGUGAUCAAAGAGGUGAUACCAGAGGACAGUGGAGAGUACAGCUGUGAGUGUGGAGACCAGAAGACCACAGCCAGCAUCAAGAUCAACGCUUCUCCAGCUGUGUUCUCUAAAGAACUGGAGAACCAGACCGUGGAAGAGGGCCACAGUGUUACCUUACAAUGUGAGCUCUCUAAACCUGACGUUCCUUUGGAGUGGAGAAAGGGCCAACUCGGUCUUUGUCCUUGUGCCAAAUAUGAGAUUAGACAAACGGGACGCCUGGCUGGAUUAGUAAUCCAUGAUGUUGAUGCUGAGGAUUCUGGAAGUUACACGUGUGACACUGGUGACCAUCAGAGCACGGCCAAGUUAGCUGUGAAGGCCAAGCCGGUCCUUUUCAAAACCCAGCUACACAACCUGGAAAGAGAGGCAGGACAGAGUGCUAGUUUUCGAUGUGAGACCACAAAGCCGGGAGCCAUUGUGGUGUGGAGGUGUUGUGACAGGGUGCUGGCGACCAGUAGCAAGUAUCAGCUGAAACAGGACGGCGCUGUGGUCGAGCUGGUCGUCUAUAAACUGCAGAGAUCUGACGCAGGGGAAUACUCGUGUGACACGGGCUGCCAGAGGACGUCAGCUGUCCUCACUGUGAAGGAGGUGGAGGUUAGCAUUCUGAAAUUCUUGGAGAGCUGCGUUGUUUAUGAGGGAGAAGACGUCAGCUUCCAGUGUCUGCUUUCUCAAGAAGACACGCCUCCGGUCCAGUGGAAACUGCAGGACGUCCCUCUGCAAAUGAAUGAGAUGAACUUGAUUAAAGCUGAGGGGCGGCUGCACAGUCUCACACUUAGAGGAGUCACUACAGCUGACUCUGGAACCGUCACUUUCACGGUGGGAAACCACAACUCCACUGCCUCCCUGACAGUCAAAGCAGCACCAGUUACAUUCAGGACGGAGCUGGAAAAUCAAGUGUCCGCAGAAGGUGGCGAAGCCUCAUUGUCCUGCGAGACAUCCAGCUCCGAAUGCAAGGUGACCUGGCGGAGAGACUCCACAAUAAUCACCCAUGGAGAGAAGUACACAAUGCAGCAAAGAGACACUACUCACAUCCUUACCAUACACAAGCUGGUAAAGGAGGAUAGUGGUGAAUAUACAUGUGAGGCAGGAGACAAGAAAAGCACUGCCACUCUUAGUGUAAAAGAGAAAGUCCGUAUCGUCCGAGAUCUCUGUGAUGUAACCGUGUCCACCGGUCAGGAUGCUUGCUUUGAGGUCGAGCUGUCACACGUAGGCGUCACCAACUGGGAAUGGUGGCUCGGAGACAACCUCCUUCAAAACAAUGAUCUAAAUCAAAUGAGCAGCCAAGGCAGAGUGCACCGCCUGGUUCUGAAGAUGGUAACCACAGAUGAAUCAGGGGAUGUUGCCUUCGUAGUUGGAGAAGAGAAGAGUGUGGCUUGUCUUUUGGUGGAGGAAAAGCCCAAAGUGUUGAUACUCGAGAAUCCACAAAACACUGUGGCGUUAGAAGGAGAAUCGGCCACACUUGCCUGCUCCAUUUCUGAUCCCACCGGCUCAGUCACCUGGAUCAGGAACAAUGCGGCCAUCCGAGCAGGUCUCAAGUAUGAGCUGAAGAGGAACGGGGCUUUCCAUCAGCUUCAUAUCCACAAUCUGAGCCCUGAUGAUUCAGGAACGUACACCGUCGACACCGGAGAUGCUCGCUGUGACGUCACCUUGACCGUGGAAGGUGCUCCUGCGUUCUUCAAGAAAGAACUCAAGAACCAGGACGCCAUAGAGGGUGAUGAUAUCACCUUGCACUGUGAGCUAUCUAAGCCAGGUGUUCAUGUUGAGUGGAGAAAGGGAGGUGUUGUCCUCCAGUCUGGUAAGAAGUAUGAGAUGAAGCAGGAAAAAUACGUUCAAGAGCUCUGUAUACGAAACCUGGAGCCGGAAGACAGUGGCUACUAUACUUGUGAUGCAGGAAACCAGCUCACCACAGCUUCUUUAGCAGUGCAAGUGAAAGAAGUCUUCAUUGUGUCUGGUCUUAAGACCACCGAUGUCUUUGUUGGGGAAUGGGCAGUUUUCUCCUGCCAGCUCUCUGGCAGGGCGCCCGGUAAGGUGCAGUGGUGGCUGGAUGGUACGCUGCUGGAGAACGGCCCCAAUGCUGAAAUAGGGGAGGGGGAGGGCCACAUCCACACACUCACCUUAAAGAACCUGGCCACUGAUGAUUCUGGCACUGUCACCUUCAAAGGGGGCAGCUUAACCUCAGCAGCCAAGCUCUUAGUCAAAGAUCCAGCAGUUGAAGUGGUGAGCCAGAUGGAGGACCUUUGGGUGCUUGAAAACCUUCCAGCUGAGUUCAUCUGUCAGUACUCACGGCCGGUGAAGCCUGAGUGGAAGAAAGAUGGACAGCCUUUGCAGCCUGAUGGCCAAAGGGUGGUAGUGGAGCAGGACUGGAAUGUGGCUCGCUUGUACAUUAAGCGCGUGUCCGCUGAGGACGGGGGUACAUACUCCUGUGAGGCAGGGGGGACGAGCGUCGCUGCCUCACUUCAUGUGGAAGCCAAACCCAUCACCAUCGUUCAAGGCCUGGAAAAUGUGGAAAUAUUUGAUGGAGGUGAAGCGCUCUUUGAGUGUGCGCUGUCUCGACCUGAAAGCAAAGACUGUCGCUGGCUGCUGGAUGGCAAACCCGUAAAGGAAUCCCCUACUGCUGAAGUUGUGACAUUUGAGAGUGGCCGUCGCCAUCUUCUCCUCUUGAAGGAACUGCGUGUGAAAGACAGUUGUACGGUGACAUUUAAAGCUGGUACAGCUUCUACCUCCGCCCAACUCACCAUUAAAGACUGGAAAGUGAACAUUGUGAAGGGUUUGGAGGACAGAGUGGCUGCAGUUGGAGAGAAAGUGGAGUUCUCCGCUCAGUUGGAGGAAGCCAUUCCUGCCGCAGAAGUGGCCUGGUAUGCCAACGGAGUGGAACUCAAACCCGGUGACCUCUGGACAAUGAGAGCCGAUGGCAGUGUUUACCAUCUCGUCCUGAAGCAAGUGCCCUUGUUGCCCCAACAAGAAAUCACUUUUGCUGCUCGGGAUGCUCUCUCUUUGGCCAAACUUACCAUCAUUACUGUUCCUGAUCCUCCAGAGGACCCAGAGGUCCUCAGUAAAACUGAAGAGUCCGUCACCCUCUCCUGGUUCACUCCUCUUUAUGAUGGAGGAAGUCCCAUUCUGGGCUACAGAGUGGAAAUGCGGCUGGUGGACAGCGCGCUUUGGCUUCCAUGUCAUUCUGAGCCGGUGUUCAACACGGAGUACGUAGUUGGGAAUCUGACGUCAGGGAGCGGAUACAGGUUCAGAGUGGCAGCCAUCAACAGAGCCGGGACUGGAGAGCCUGUUGAGCUGCCGCUGACUGUGCAGCUCGAUUCCGCUAAACAGGUGCUCGCUUCUCAAGAUACAAAACAGGAAAAAGCGCUGGAACAACCCAAUCUUCCUCCCGAAGCUGCAGAAGACUCUGAUCUCCACGAGCUUUGGGAAGCAUCAACAAAGAAACGGAGAAUGAGUCGGGAACCGACUUUGGACUCGAUCACUGAGCAGCCUGAGGAAGACGGUAAAAAAGGUCGGGCAAAAAAAGCGGAGACAGAGCUCGUAUCAUCUCAGAAAGUGGAAAUAAAAUCCUCAGAAAAGACGCAGACCAUUGAGUCCAAGACGGCAGAAUCCAAGCAGGCGAUCAACGUCGAGGAGGAAAUCGUUUCUGGAGGUUCGACACUUGUGUCUUACCUCAAAAAGAGUAGCGAGACUGCCGUCGCAGAGACCAGCGAGACCGAAACCUUAAGCACAGAGAAGUUCUUUGCUCAUUUCCAAGUGGCAGAACAGAAAACUGUGCAGCAGACUGAGGUGAAGAAAGUUGUAACCGAGCAAAUAGAGAAGAAACUGAUAUCCUCAGAAAGUUCGAGCAUUAUGGAGAUCUCAAAAGAAGAUGAGCCGGAGCUUAAAGACGCCGCCAUUAAGAUUCAAGCUGCCUUUAAAGGUUACAAGGCUCGCAAGGACAUGCGCCCUGUCUUCAGAGAAGUCUUCAAAGAUCAGACCUUUGAACCAAACGGCACCAUCCACCUCGACUGUGUGACGGAAGGCAAACCUGACAAGGUGCGCUGGUUAAAAGAUGGGGAGCCAGUGGUGGACGGCAAGCAUCACCACGUUGACAUCUACAGCGAUGGUACUUGUUCUCUAGUCAUAACUGCCGUCACCACUAAGGACACGGGAGUGUACACGUGUGAGGUCAGCAACAAGUUUGGAACAACGUCUCACAGCGCAAAGGUCACAGUGGGGACGGCGAGAGAACCGUCAGGGCGCCGACCUUUGACGGUCGGCUACAGUGCCGACAGCGAGCCUGAGAGCUCGUCUGGCAGUGAGAUGGAUGACUCUCUUAAGCAGGCGAGGAGACGCCUCAGGCGCCUCUUACGGACAUGUCUUCCCCCGGAUGUUGAGGAAGAACCGUUUGUCAGUGCAGACGAGGGAGACCUUCAUCCCCCGGACCCCCAAUCGUAUCGCGAAGACGACACCUAUAUCUACAUUCGCUUUGAUUCACGGUCUGAGGCUGAAGUCGCUUCCAAGAGAUUCCAGGAGAUGUUCACCAUCCAUGGAGUCCCCAUCGAUGCAGCAAUCAUAGCAGCAGGGCAUCACAAAGUGGAGCUGCGAAUCAAAAAGAUAGGAUACAUCCAAGACGGCACACAGACCCCCACACAGGAUCGACAGGCUCCUGCUUUCAUGGUCGGAGCUACAGUGUCUUGCAGCUCAGAUUAUGACACCGCGGUUGACGCCACCGAGACUUCCUCCUAUGUCAGUGCCAAAGGUUAUGCGUCCAGCAGAGAAACGGAGACCUUUGAGUCUGUAGCUGAAGACGAUCAGCUUCCUCAAGUGGUGGAUGAGCUUCAUGAUGUUCACGUGUGUCCGGGUUCACCUAUAGCAAAGAUGCAGCUUAGAGUGAAAGGCUUUCCCAAACCCAGAGUGUACUGGUUCAAAGAUGGACAGCCUGUUCAUGCCUCAGAAAGGGUCCAGCUCUCAGCAGAGAGGGAUGUCCACAGUGUGGAAAUCACGGAGGUGAAGAGAGAAGACAUGGGGGAGUACUCUGCUUACAUCAGCAAUGUAGCGGGAUCUGCCUACUCAUCUGCCCGACUGAUCGUGCUGAAUCCAGGAGAGAUGAUGCCUAAAGACAAAAAAGACUCCAAGGAGCCCCUGGUGCCGCCACGCUUUGUGGAAAAGUUCUGCAACCGAAAAGUAAAACAAGGAGCAAGCAUCACUCUGUCUGUCAAAGUAGAAGGAUCUCCUACACCGAUGGUCUCCUGGUUAAAGGAAAAAUCCGAGGAGGACGUCUUGUGGAUUAAGCCUGAGACGCCGAGAUACAAAAUAGCAAGUUCUGGACGCCAGCACAGCCUGAUCCUGAUGGACGUGAACUCUGAGCACAGCGGCGUGUACACCUGUAUUGCUACUAACAGAGCCGGACAGUCCGUCUGCACCGCUCAUCUUCAGGUGGAUGACACACCACAACCAAAGAAGGAGACAAUGCCUUUGGGAGCUCUUGGGAUCACAGUUAGUCCUCCAGAAGGGAAGAGUAGCAGAGGAACGGAGGGUAAAAUACCUUACCUUGGUGAAGUAGGUACUGAGGAGUUUCUCAUGAAACUCACAUCUCAGAUCACUGAAAUGGUUUCAGCGAAAAUCACACAAGACAGUUUACAGAAUCAGGAAGUCCUCCAGUGGAUGAAAUCUUGGCCCAAAAAUUCCACAUCGUUACGCGUCCCAGGCGUCGACAGUGAUGACGAGACAAAAACGCCUUCGCCGUCUCCUCACCACGGCAGAUCCAGACCGCCGUCCCUCAUCGCUGACUCCUCCUCAGAGUCUGAUGAAGGAGACGCCCGAGGAGAGAUGUUUGACAUCUACGUAGCAACGGCGGACUACACGCCGACUCUCGCCAGCAAAGACUCCAUCUCUCUAAAGGAGGGUCAGUAUGUUGAAGUUCUGGAUUCUGCUCAUCCUCUGAAGUGGUUAGUUCGUACCAAGCCCACAAAAACAACCCCGUCCCGCCAAGGCUGGGUCUCACCUGCUUACCUGGACAAGAAACUCAAGCUUUCUGCCGACUCGGGAGAUCUUCCUGAGACCAGCACAGAGGAGGUCUCAGAGGGGGAGUACAAGAGGAAGUUAUUCCAAUUGAUUCAAGAUCUGAUAAACGGAGAAUCCGAGUUCGUCAGGGAGGUGGAUUUCUUCACGUCCCACCACCAGAAGCACGCCGACUGCCCCGAUGCCCCCCCCGACAUUUCCAGCCAGAAGGAAACCAUUUUCAGGAACAUCGAUGAUAUCAAGACCUUCCACAGCAAGACAUUCCUUCCCAAGUUGAAUGACUGUGAAACUGAUGAUGAUGUAGCGAUGUGUUUCCUGAGGAACAAAGCGGGCUUUGAGAAGUAUCUCCAGUAUCUCGUAGGUCAGAGUCAGGCGGAAUCUGCGGUCAGUGACAAGACUGUGCACCGUUUCUUUAAGGAGUACACAGACACGGAGCAGGCCAGUGCAGACCCUGCAGGUCCUCCAGUGCGAAGCAUCAACACCCAUCUCAAGCAACCACUGGAGAGGAUUCAGAAGUACAAGAGCCUUCUUAAGGAUUUCAUUCGAAACAAGGCGAGAAAUGGACAGAACUGCUGCCUGCUGGAGGAAGCGUUCGCCAUGGUGUCAGCGCUGCCUCAGCGCUCUGACAACACCCACCACGUCUCCAUGAUAGAGAACUAUCCUGCUACCCUGGAAGUUCUUGGAGAACCAAUAAGACAGGGACCUUUCCAAGUGUGGGAAGGAGCUCCUGGGAUCCGGUCGUCCUCCAGGGGGCACCAUCGCCACGUCUUCCUCUUUAAAAACUACUGCAUCAUCUGCAAACCUAAGAGAGACAGUAGCACUGAUACACAAGCCUACGUUUUUAAGAACAUGAUGAAACUCAAUAAUAUCGACGUGAAUGAAACAGUUGAGGGCGACGACCGAGCUUUCGAGAUCUGGCACGAGCGGGAGGAUUCUGUAAGGAAAUACACGUUACAGGCCCGGACUGUUACCAUCAAGAACUCGUGGUUGAGGGAUUUCAGAGAACUGCAGCAGCGAUUCAGCACGCCUGCGUGGAAUCCUCCUGAUUUUGUAGAAAUUUUGGCAAACUGCACAGCAGAGUUGGGCCAAACGGUCAAACUCGCCUGCAAAGCUACUGGAGUGCCCAAACCUGUCAUCACCUGGUACAAAGAUGGUCGUCAAGUAGAGGCGGACCCUCAUCACAUCAUCAUCGAGGACCCCGAUGGCUCCUGCACUCUGAUCCUGGAUAACAUGACCGCUGACGACUCCGGCCAGUACAUGUGCUUUGCCACCAGCUCAGCUGGGAACGCCAGCACGCUUGGAAAGAUCACCGUUCAAGUACCUCCUCGUUUUGUGACGAAGAUGAAGAAUUCGGUGUUUGUUGCCGGUGAAGAUGCUCAGUUUACUUGUGUCAUACAAAGCGCCCCCACUCCUAAAAUAAGGUGGUUCAAGGAGGGAAGGCUGCUGACUGACCAGGAGAAAUAUCAGACCUACAGUGAACUCCGCAGUGGAGUUCUGGUUCUGGUCAUUAAAAACGUGACAGAGAGAGACCUUGGCCACUACGAGUGUGAGCUGUCCAACCGUCUGGGCAGUGCCAAGUGUGCGGCUGAUUUAGUCCUCCCCUCGGCUGCGGCUCGGACUGGCGAGCCAGCCAUCGUCAUUGAAGUUACCGAGCAGGAAACCAAAAUCCCAAAGAAGACCAUCAUCAUUGAGGAGACCAUUACCACCGUGGUGAAGAACCCGCGGAUGAGGAGACACCGCUCGCCCGGUUUGAUUGUCGCCGGUGCGCACCGCUCAGAGACGUCCACCCCCGAGCCCUCGUCGGGCCGGCCCAGAAGGAUGCCCGCCCCGAGGAAGACCACCAUCCCCACGCUUUACGUCACCGAGCCGGCGGGCGCAGAAGCCAGGCCGGUGGAGAGCAAGCCCAGGUGGGUUGAAGUGGAGGAGGUCAUAGAGUACAAGGUCAACAAGUCCCCCCGGCUGUCGAGGAGGAGGGGGGUUUCACCGGCGGGGUCCGAUCGCUCCGCCACGUCCUCCAGGGCGAGGAGGUCUGGGGAAAACCCCAAUGCCAACAAUUCCAACAACAAGCUGGUGGAGCAGCCACUCGUGCAGGAAGACGUCGGCGAGCACCUGCUGCCUCAGGAGGAGGAGGGGACUCUUGCUGCCGCUGGAGAACCGAGCGAGCUGUCGUCUGUUCUGACUGAGGAGGACAGUGAAGAUCUGGAUGAUCAAACUGUCGUCUUUGAGUCUGACGAGGAAAACUCUGAACCCAUCACCCUGAAACAAGGAGAUCACGUUUUGACUCUGGAAGACUUGGAGGAUUACGUCCCGGAGGAAGGAGAGACGUACAGGUCUUCAAGCUCCCACCGAGGCGCUGAGGAGAAGCCCUGCGAGGUCUCCGUGCUCCAGCGGGAGAUCGGGGGGUCCACGGUGGGGCAGCCGGUGCUUCUCAACGUGGGCCGGCCCGACGCCGUGCCCAGGCAGAGGAGCGGCUUCUUCUGCCGCUUCAAGGAGCAGCUCUCCGGCAGCCUUUUCCCGUCUCCUUUCCCACAAGGCGGCGAGACCCGACGCCGGCCGGAGAGGAGAGUCCCGAUCCAAGUGAGCCACGCCAAGCUAGAGGUCCAGCCCUCGUACUGCUCCGAGGUGCAGAGGGUCGAGGGCGGCCAGCAGAGCUUCAAAACCAAAGUGUCGACUCAGACUUACGGUUACACGUCCGUCGGAAACCCCGUCACUCUUCAAAUCAAAGAUAAUGUUUAUCAAAACCAGUAAAAAUACCUAAUAAAUAACCCUUGUAGUCUUAAAUAGGAGCUUUUCUACUUCAGAAAAUGUCUCUCCAUUCAUACAAAGAAAGAUAUGUGGGCUAGAUUUUACAGAUCAUUCCAGUUUAACUCUUUAACACCGGAGCUCCAGUGUUUAUGUUACUGUAACUUUUCAAACGUUAGCACUAUAAUUCCAGCAGAUUUUGAAGCAGAAAAGCGACGCUUUAAUGGUUGACUCAUUAUCACUCGAAAAAUUAAUGUGUUUUCUUGUGACAACGAGAUCCACUGUCUCAUUAUCAAAAGAAAAUUAAUGCUUUUUCGUGAUAAUGAGAUCCAAUAUACCAUUAUCAUGAGAAACUGAAUUUUUCGAGAUACCGAGAUCCACAAUAUCAUUUUCACGAGAAAAUGAUUUUUUUGUGUGUGAUAACGAGAUUCUAUAUAUCAUUAUCACAAGAAAAUAAAUUUGUUUUCUUGUGAUGAUCCACUGUCUCAUUAUCACUCGAAAAUGAAUGUGUUUUCUUGUGAUAACGAGAUCCACUGUCUCAUUAUCACAAAAAUGAAUGUUUUUUUCGUGAUAAUGAGAUCUAAUAUAUCAUUAUCAUGAGAAACUAGAUUUGUUUCGAGAUAACAAGAUCCACUAUAUAAUUUUCACGAGAAAAUGAAUAUUUUUUGUGAUAACGAGAUCCUAUAUAUCAUUAUCACGAGAAAAUGAAUUGGGUUUCUUGUAAUAACAAGAUCCGCUAUCUCACAAUUAAGAGAAAAUAAAUCUUUUUUAUCGUGAUAACAAGAUCCUGUAUCUCCUUAUCACAUGAAAAUGAAUUGGGUUUCUUGUAAUAACAAGAUCCGCUAUCUCACAAUUACGAGAAAAUACAUUUGUUUUCUCGUGAUAACGAGAUCCAGUAUCUCAUUAUCACGAGAAAAUGAAUUUGUUUUUUUCGUCGCUUUUCUCCUUCAAAAUCUGCUUGAAUGAUCGUGUUAGUGGCUGAAAAGUUACAGUAUGUUAAAGAUUUUGUAUUUAAGCGUCAUCGGCUACGCCUCAGGUGUUAAAGAAAUCAAUCAAGAAAGAACAGGAUCCUCAAAGUUUUAUGAAAGUAAUGGAGUUUUUACAGUAGAAACUCGUAAGAUUAAACAGAUUAAAACAGAUGGGAAUUUUAAGUCAAGGUUAUGUCAGCUGCAGACCAUAAAAGCUUCAAAAAUUCUCUAAUUUAUGCUUCUAAGCGAUCAUAAAUAUUGAUCUGGAGAUACAUGGAUCUAACUCAGGGAUAUGCAAUUCGAGGGUCGCAGUAUCUGCAUGAUUUCCAGAUAUCAGAUAUACUGAUGACACAGUUCAGGUGUGUCCAGCCAAUUAGGGCACAUUAUCACAAGAAAAUGAGUUUUCUCGUGAUAAUGAGAUCCAGUUUCGCAUUAUCAUGUGAAAAUGACAAUUAGAACAUGCCAGAGCAGGGGAUGUUGGAAAACGUGAAGAAAAGCAGCCCUUGAGAUGCCUGUUCCUGGUCUAAUUGAAAUUCUACUGUAAUCAUAAACAAUUCAUGACAUUUUAAUAUGUAGAAGAGGCUGAAAGGGAGAUUACUUUCAAAAUAUGAGCAAAAACAGAUCCGUAAGUUUGUUUGUAGACAUGCAAACUGCUCUCUUUGGUUUGAUCUAUUGGCUUUACAGUUAUGGUCUUCCUCUAUUCUUGUAUAUUUACAGACCCUUGAAUGGAGGAAACCAAUUAUUUUUAUUGCUCCACUUAAGACGAAUCUCAAUUUCAUUUUGCUCUUUGAAUGACAAGUGAAAUAAGUAUGUACAAAAGUCAAAUAGAAGCGUUUAUUUUGUCAUUUUCCAUUAUUUUUAUGUUGGUUUUUUUUUUGUCAAAAUUUCCGAAAGUCUAAUGAAAUAGAGUUUUUGAAAUUCUGAAAUUAUUAGUUAUUGUCUUGGCUUUAUUGCUUUUGGGUUUGUUGAACACAAAAUAUUCUAGUUAGUGGAUUCUACAUGAAUGAACAAAUUAUAGAAUAUUUGCUGGUUUAUGAUUAUUUUUAUCUUUCAAGAAUUACAUUUCUAAUGUUCUGCUCAAACAACUUUGACAUGCAGGAGUCGGGGUCGUUACCUUACAAAUAUUUAACACGUGUGACUGCAUGAAGUUGCUUAUUUGAAUCUUUUUGCUCUGAGAAAUCAGAACUUUUCCUCGUUGAAGUGCAGGAUUGGAGAACAUUUUCCUCUUCCUUACAAGAGUGUGGUUUAGUAUGUAAUUUACGGCGUACGUUGUGCCAUAUUACAGCACUAAUGGAUUGUAAUUGUAAAGUACACAUGUAGUUUUGGACAUAAACGGCUGAAUAAAAUAGUUGAAAUAAAUAUAUUUAUUGCAA